AUGAACGUGCCAAGCACGUCGACUCGUGGUUAUGCAAAGUAUCAAAUCAGGUCAUCUGGAAUGCCACGUGUUUUAGCCAACGAGUCUGACGUCUUCACUUUAGAUGACGUUGAGGUUGACGAGGAGACUGAAGAGUUAAAACCCAAUAGAAUACCAGUAACGAAAGAAGAAGAAGAAAAGAGUCGCUUAGUGGAAUGCAAUCUGGAUAGCGAUGAAGAAGACGAGAAGACUCCACCACAAGAAGAUGACAAAGGACAGAAUAUUAGACAAUCUAGCAAAAACUCUUCAACAGUAGAAUCUAAAGAAAGAUGUCGCCUUCGUGACUCUUUCGACUUGGAUAAUGAUGAUUCUCUCUCCGAUGAUCUUGAUCUUCUUCCUCCAAUUCCUGGAGCACCAAACACAAAUACUUCCUGGUGUGCAAAACUUCAUCGUUUCAAUUGCUGUAAUCCAAGAAUUCCAUCAAAAUGUACCAUAAUGUGA